AUGGCCAACGAGGGCCUCACGCCCAAGAUCACUGACGUCCGCCCCAUCAGCAACUUGGAGACCAUGAAGAAGCAGAAGACGCACGACCACCAGAGGGAGGACCACACGCCCGUCACGGAAACGGCGACUUGGACCAUUGACAAAUUCAAGAACGAGCUCAAUAACGACAAGUUCAAGAACGAGCUCAACUCGACUGCUUUACCAGCAUGGGACAUGAACUACGACGAGCACGUCUACUAUCACAUGUUGACCAUCAUGGAGGCGUGCAGCGAGACGCAUCAGCUCCACUACCUUGCGCACUACACCGACGGCAACCUUGACCACACGACAUUCCUCAACAUCGCAAAGCAGUGGAUCCACGCGACCCGAAAGUGCAUCGUCAGAAUGGCCGACAGGGGUUACGACCAUUUCUUGGAAGGGCAGGCGCAGCUAGCCAUGUCGGCCAAAGAACAAGGCGACUUCUUCACCGAGUGGAAGUACACCAAGAAGUUGCUCUUUUUCAGCGGAAGAAGAGACUGA